UAUUUGGAUGCUCUUCACUAAGACUGGCUCUCUUUGGGUGUCUUGGGUAAGGAUUAAUCUCAUUGGUACUCGUAAUUUCUGGGAGUUGAAUCCCUCUUCCUCAGGUAGCUGGAUUUGGAGAAAGUUAUGCAAACUGAAAUCUUUGGCUAGACCGUUUCUGGUUUGUGAGGUGGGUUCAGGUCAGACUGCUAGUUUCUGGCACGACAACUGGACUGGGCUGGGGGCUCUUAUUGACUUAACAGGCACUAUUGGACCACAGGUUGUGGGCCUCCCUUUGAAUUCUGUGGUUAGGGAUGCUAUUAGGGGUAGUGCUUGGUGGAUUUCUACUAGUCGCAGUAGGAACCCUAUCAUUUCUCUCAUCAAAGGUCUCUUGCCUGAAGUGGGAAACAUGAUGGUCUGUCUUGAGGAUGAUGUUUAUUUGUGGAAGCCAGACCACCAUCCACCAUCUCCUCAUUUCUCCUCUCCAAAAACUUGGUUGGCCUUAAAUCCAGCUGGUCCACCGGUUUCUUGGCAUAAAUCAGUGUGGUUUAAAAACCGCAUUCCAAAGCAUGCCUUUAUAUGCUGGGUGGUGGCAUGGAAUAGACUUCACACCCGCGAUCGAUUAAGGAGAUGGGGACUGUCUAUCUCUCCUUCUUGUGUUCUCUGCAAUGGUUUUGAUGAAUCUAGGGAACACUUGUUCUUCGAGUGUGUGUUCAGCCAGGAAGUGUGGGUCUUCUUCACUUCAAGGCUCAACUUGAAUCCUCCGGCAUCUUUCAUGGACUGCCUCCAGUGGGUUAAUUCUGCUACCAGGGAUCUAAAUCUUUCUCUCAUCAUAAAGCUUCUCUUUCAAGCUUCUGUCUAUUUAAUUUGGAAAGAGCGUAAUUCUCGUAUUCAUUCUACCACUACUAGACCUCCCGCGAUUAUCAUCAGAGACAUAAAUCAGAUCAUGCGAGCUCGUCUUGAUCCUCUUGCUCGGAACCAACGCAAUGCUACUCCAGGUUCUUCUCUUCUUUCUACUUGGUUCAGGUUCUUCCCGUAGGUUUGUCUUCUUCUUGGGCUAGGUUGGGCCUUUGGUUCUAUUGUUCUAUUUGCUUUGUUUUGGGCCUGUGAGCCUUUUUGGGCAGUUUCUGCCUUGUAAUUUGUUGGGCAUGCGUGCCUGUGUGUUGCCCUUUUGGCUUGUA